CUCUGACUUCCGUUUCCGGUGUGAGUCGUGAGCGCGCGCGAGCGCAGCAGUGGGAGGCGGCGACCAGCCGGUAGAGGCCUCACCACGAUGUGGCACGAGGCUCGGAAGCAUGAGCGGAAACUCCGAGGCAUGAUGGUGGAUUACAAGAAGAGGGCCGAGCGGCGCCGGGAGUACUAUGAGAAGAUUAAGAAAGAUCCCGCCCAGUUCCUGCAGGUGCAUGGCCGCGCCUGCAAGGUUCACCUGGAUUCUGCUGUUGCCCUGGCUGCUGAGAGCCCUGUGAACAUGAUGCCUUGGCAAGGGGACACCAACAACAUGAUUGACCGCUUUGAUGUCCGUGCACAUCUAGACCACAUCCCCGACUACACCCCCCCACUGCUCACCACCAUCUCCCCGGAGCAGGAGUCGGACGAACGGAAAUGUAACUACGAGCGGUACCGAGGCCUGGUGCAGAACGACUUCGCCGGCAUCUCAGAGGAACAGUGCUUGUAUCAGAUCUACAUUGAUGAACUGUAUGGAGGCCUCCAGAGACCCAGCGAGGAUGAGAAGAAGAAGCUGGCAGAGAAGAAGGCUUCCAUUGGCUAUACCUAUGAAGACAGUACUGUGGCUGAGGUAGAGAAGGUGGCCGAGAAACCAGAGGAGGAGGAGUCACCAGCUGAGGAGGAGAGCAAUUCGGAUGAAGAUGAGGUCAUCCCCGACAUCGACGUGGAGGUGGAUGUGGAUGAGCUGAACCAGGAGCAGGUGGCUGAUCUCAAUAAGCAGGCCACAACCUAUGGCAUGGCUGAUGGAGACUUUGUCAGGAUGCUACGGAAAGACAAGGAGGAGGCAGAGGCCAUCAAACAUGCCAAGGCCCUGGAGGAGGAAAAAGCCAUGUACUCGGGCCGUCGUUCCCGGCGACAGCGAAGAGAGUUCAGGGAGAAGCGGCUGAGGGGCCGCAAGAUCAGCCCUCCCAGUUAUGCCCGCCGAGACAGCCCCACCUAUGACCCCUAUAAACGGUCACCUUCCGAAUCCAGCUCUGAGUCCCGCUCCCGCUCUCGCUCCCCGAGCCCAGGCCGUGAGGAAAAGAUCACUUUCAUCACCAGUUUUGGGGGCAGCGAUGAGGAGGCAGCUGCUGCAGCCGCUGCGGCUGCCGCAUCGGGGGCUACUCCCGGGAAGCCCCCUGCACCCCCCCAGCCCGGUGGCCCCACUCCAGGCCGCAAUGCCAGUGCCCGCCGCCGCUCCUCCUCGUCCUCCGCCUCCAGAACGUCCAGCUCGCGCUCCAGUUCGCGCUCCAGCUCGCGCUCACGCCGUGGCUACUACCGGUCUGGCCGCCAUGCGCGCUCCCGCUCGCGUUCCUGGUCCCGCUCUCGCUCCCGCUCCCGGCGCUAUUCGCGCUCCCGCAGUCGCGGACGGCGGCACUCCGAAGGCGGUUCCCGAGACGGACACCGCUACUCGCGCUCGCCAGCCCGGCGUGGCGGGUACGCGCCUCGCCGCAGAAGCAGGAGCCGCUCCCGUUCAGGUGACCGCUAUAAGCGGGGCGCCCGAGGUCCCAGGCACCAUAGUAGCAGUCGUAGCCGCAGCAGCUGGUCUCUCAGCCCUUCCCGAAGCCGCAGUCUGACCCGUAGUGGAAGCCGCAGCCAGAGCCGGAGCAGGAGCCACAGCCGCAGCCAGAGCCAGAGUCACUCGCCAUCGCCCCCAAGGGAGAAGCUGACCAGGCCAGCAGCAUCCCCUGCUGUGGGCGAGAAGCUGAAAAAGACCGAACCUGCCGCUGGUAAAGAGACAGGAGCUGCCAAAGUCACCCAAGCUGACCCCACAGGAGAGGCUGAAGCUGCGGAUGCAGAAGGCUCUGAAUCGCCAGUUCAAGGCGGAUAAGAAGGCGGCUCAGGAGAAGAUGAUACAGCAGGAGCAUGAGCGCCAGGAGCGCGAGGAUGAGCUGCGCGCCAUGGCCCGAAAGAUCAGAAUGAAGUAAGGCCCUGGCCUGUGGUCAAGGCAGCCCUGCUGCAGGAGGCUUCCCUCCCCCUCCUUUCAUUGGUUUCCCCAGCCCUUUGCUGUCCUCAUGUUCAGCCGGCUCUUCCUGAUGGCCUAGGCCCCUCACCUUCUUACCUCAUGUCUGAACAGCAUCUCCCCACGCCUGAUAACUGUGUCCUUGAUGUUUGAUGCUUAAUAAGUAGUAAAGUGAAGCCCACCCCAUGGUGGGUCUCUUAGGUUAGGGACUUUUCCUUUCCCCUUUCUUUGCCUGCAUUAUAUGUUGGGCUGUGGUCAGAGUCCUGGGCCUAGAUCAUAGGCUUGGGGUUUUGUCUUAAGUCUCUCUGGUCAAGUGGAGCCUGAAGUGGCUUGGUGCCCACCACACUAGACAGCUAGGAUUAGUACCAAGUCCUCAGUUUGCCUGGGGCCCUUAGGAAAAGCCUGGGCUGUUGCAUUGUGUAACAGGACAAGGAGGGGAGCCAGUCAGGGAUGGGUUUUUGGACCUGUCCUUUCUGAUUUGUGCUGUAGGUGGGAGCUGACAUUUUGCUCUCUCUGAGCUGGGCUGCCUUUCUCUGUAGGGCAGUGAUGGGAAUGGCCCCUGCCUCUAUAGUUAGGCAUAUGACCUCCUGGGCUGUGGGGGAACCUGCUGCCGCUCCUGCUUUCUCAUUUUCUAAAAACAGAUACACACACACACAC